GGACGCGAUAGCGGGGGGCUAGUGCCUUCAGCUGCAGCCUCCCUGCCUCAGAAGUUACCGCUGCGCUUAGCGCUGUCACCGCAGCAACCGCUGUGCCGUUUGAACGCCCACAAAACCCAGGCUCCGCGAGGCAGGCAGCGACCACGCUCAACCAGGCCCUGAGGAGCGGCCGACCCCCGCCGCUCUGCCCACAACCAACAUGGCCGCCGCCGCCGCCUCCCACGUGAGGGCGCGCGGCGCUCUCGCGGGAGGCCGCCCCGCCGUUGCUAGGACGCAGGGGGGCGCGCGGGCGGCUCUCGCGAGAGCGGCGGGGGCGGGGCGGGGCUGGCGGCCAUGGCGGACGGGGCCGGUAGCAACGGGGACGCCGCGGGGCUGCCGGUGGGCAAGGAGGCGGGUGAGGAGCCGGGGGCGGCGGGGCGAGGAGGCGGUGGCCCGUCUGAUCCGGGAGAACGGGCACAUCUUCACCGAGGCGCAGUGCAAGGUGUGCAGCGCGCUGCUCAUCUCCGAGUCCCAGCGGCUGGCGCACUACCAGAGCAAGAAACACGCCAACAAGGUGCGGCGGUACCUGUCCAUCCACGGCGGAGACGAGCUCGCCCACGGCAAGCGGAUGAGGCUGGACGCCAAGCAGGACAGCAAGCAGGAAGGCAGCAGUGGGGAAGACAGGAGCAAGUGUUGUCCCAUCUGCAACAUGACCUUUUCCUCUCCGGCCGUGGCAACGUCCCACUACUUGGGCAAGACUCACGCCAAGAACAUGAAGCAGCAGUCCCCCAAAGUAGAAGGAGUUUGGAAUCACCUUACAGAAGCGGUGCCUCCACAGAAACAUCCUGCUACCCUCCCCACCUCUACCGUGUCUUCUAACGAAGAGAACAAGGACAUUACUGACCCGGACAAGUUCUGUAGCCUCUGCCAUGCCACUUUCAAUAACCCCCUUAUGGCAAAACAGCAUUAUGUAGGCAAGAAGCACAGAAAGCAGGAGACGAAACACAAGCUGAUGGCACACUAUGGCCGAACCCCCGAUGCACCAGCAUCGUCCUUCAUGGCCGGGAAGGGAUACCCCUGCAGCACGUGUAACAUCGUGCUCAACUCCAUAGAGCAGUACCAAGCUCACAUCAGCGGCUUCAAACACAAGAAUCAGAUGCCAGGAGCAGUGCCGGUUGUUGGACCGUUCCCACCACAACAGUAUGUCCGGGAAGAGUCAACUGCCCCAGGAGGCUACAGUUAUUUCAGCCAAGACUUCUAGAGCAAGUUGCAGCACUGUUCUUGGCGUUGUUGGUGACCCAAGAACACACAUCCUUUGCCAGCCCACAAUGGUUUCAUUAUCCCUCUGGAUAAGCAAAGCCCUACCCUCCUGUAUGCACCCGUUGAGCAGAACGGGGACUGAAUCUGUCAGAAAAAGGAUCCAGCUGGAAGAGACUUGCUAGACAGCAAAUACUUCACUCCCUUAGAGUAGUUUUCAUUGUGUAAUUGCUUCCUGUGAAGGUGGGUGCAGUGUGAGAGGAAGUGUGUAUCUGGUAUAAGGAGGGUUUGGCAACAGGCUGGUAGCAGCCACCUCCUCCCUCACCAGAGCCAAGAAUGGAUUCCUGCAGCCGGAGGGCCAGCACCCCGUGGUCAGAGGCGGCUUUUGCUGGAGGAGAGCUCCUAGAGCAUAGUGAGUGGUGCUUGUGCAGCAUGGACAGGACAUGGUGCAGGCUGCCUGGCUUUGGACAAGCCUAAAAUAGGAAAUAACCAGCGUAGCAUCUCUUUCUGCGCCUCCUCCGGUCAGGUUUGUGUGCAGAAUUUCAUAAGCCACCGGUUGCCGUCGGAAUCUUUCAUGGUACUGCAGCUGUCAGCUCUGGAGCUGGGUUGUUUGGGUCUGUCUGAUAAGUAGGUACAAGUUCUGGUGUGCAAAGUGCUGCUGGUGGAAGCAGAGGGCUGUGAGAGGGGUCAGAGCCUCUGGCUCCCCUCAGCCCUCUGUUCUGAGGAUUUCCACAUGGAAGGAAGUGACUGUUUAGCCUGGUUUCCUAUGGAAACAGGUGUACGCGAUCAUUCACCGUGUGUGUCUUUACCCCUUGUGACUUAAACCCAUCUCAGCCAAACUUGGCGGCGGUGGAAAUCUCCAAGAUCUGAGUGCAAUCAGCAGAGGAAGGUAGAGCAGGGUGAGUCCAUCUCUAAUUCUGUCGGGGUGUGCGUGGAAGUGUAGUGUUUUCCCUGCUGCCACCAAAAUACUCUGGGAAAGGAGGGUUUUAAGGAAAAAGGGAAUAAAUCUAGAUGCAGCAGAAAACUGUAAUAUGACUUGGUCAAAUUGUUAGCUGACUGAAAAGCUACAAAUCCUUUGGAAACCUGCCUUUGUUAGUCCUCCGUUAGACACUACUUGCCCAACCCGUUAGUCCUUCAUCAGACACUGCUUGCCCAGCUCAUCCCUUCUAAGUUCUUGCACAUUUGUGCCAUCCUGGAAAAGGCAUGUUCUAUAUUUCAAAGCCAGAAAUUAAGACUGAUGGUCUCUUCCUGGUGCUAAUGUACUAGGUCUGUCAGAAAAGGCCCCAGAAGGAAGGGCAGGCAUCUGAGACUGCUGUGUGUUUUGGCCAAGUUCUUUAGAUGUUUUGCCUUAAGCUAAGGCUGUGUUUGUUCCCUGCUAACCCACCGCAAGAGCCAUGUGCGCUGGGCUGGCCUCGUGCUCAGCACCAGUGCUCCGAGUCAGCACCCCACGGCUUUGUCCCAGCGUCGGUGCCUCUGUGGAGCUCAGACUUUGCUAGUGCGUGGCAAACAUCCUGCUGGUUUUCUUCUGUGGGACAGAAGGAUGUGGAUGUGGCCCCUCCAAGGGCUUCCAUGGCCGGUGGGGCUCUGUGGGGCUGGCAGGAGCGUGGGUGAUGGCUGCGGGCACGCCGCGCUGCCAGGGUGGGCUUAGCCAGGCUCGUGCCUCCUGUUGCUUGGCCACAGCAGCUGCUGGAGGGCGGUCUGGGGCCCUUGAGUCCCAGCGAUGUGUGCCAGGGCAGCAGCUGAUGCCUUUGUGGGGCUGAGAGCCGGGCUUGAGAGGCGCUUCCAAAAUGUGGUGUGCGCGCUGGUCAGGUUAAGCAAGGAGAGAGAGAGCUCGCUGCUGAUCUCGGUGCUUGGAGCGAGUGCCUUCCCUUCCCCACUCCCGGCCGUGGAUGAUCUUUGUUUUUCUUCACCCUGCACAGAAUCUACCAUCUUCUCUUAGGACAGGCUCCUGCUGGUCUGGGUUUGCCUUCCUAAUGUUUUCCCGUCUUGCUUCACUGACAAGGUCUGACCUUAGUCUCCUGCUGCAGAGGGAGUCCUUUUAAACCCCGCAAGCUGAUCAAUGGGCAGAAAAUUGCGAUGAACGGAAGGAAGCAUUGUGUGCCUGGUCGCCCUGGAUGGCCUCCAACUCCAGUCUCCGCUGCUUGGCUCUCGUCCUGCUGUACCAGGGCAGGUGCCCGCUAGAUGUGCUGUGCAUUGACACCACGAGGGAUCCAUUUCCAGCACUGCCCAGUCUGGUGUGUCACUCCUGCCUGUGUACUGACCGUUUUGCCUUCCCCUGUACACAGUGUUUAUGUAUCUCCUGUUAACCUAAGGUGAAGCUCUCCAAAUAGAGUGUUUAUUACUA